AGUCGGCGGAUGUCGGGAUUUCUGCCAACGGAAAUGAGCCGUUUGACGGCCUUAGAAUCCUUCAAUAUUCGGGGCCAGGGAUUUGGUGGCACUUUGCCAACUGACAUAUUUGCAUCGUGGAUGCGCGUCGUCUUUUUUGACGCUACCGACAAUCUUUUCGAAAGAGUACUACCGACGGACUUUGGACGCCUCGUGUCGCUAAGUACUCUGUUUCUCGCUGGCAACAGGUUUACGGGGACCUUACCAAAUGAACUUGCGAGUUUGUCUGCUUUGCGAACGCUUUCGUUGGGAAGCAAUGAAUUCGCUGGAAGCAUUCCAACUGAGCUGGGACUAUUGUCCGACUUGGAAAUCUUGAGCUUAGAGAUGAACAAGUUGACGGCGCUGCCAUCGCAACUCGGUAGCCUGCAAUCUUUGCGACGCUUUACGGCUUAUGGUAACGAACUCCAAGGGACUCUACAUAGCAUACUUGGAAACAUGAGAGCUUUGCAGUUGCUUCUUUUACACAGCAAUCAGUUGAGUGGAACAAUUCCAGCUAGAUUUGCGGACUUGGUGAGCCUGGAGACGUUGGAUCUUUCCAAAAAUUUCUUGACUGGGUCGGUACCUUCGGAACUCGGUUCAAUGCCGUCUCUAGUCUCUUUAAAGCUCGAGUCCAAUCUGUUGACGGGGGCUGUUCCGGAAGUGCUUACAAAU